AUGAAUAAGAAAGGUCUUGCCAUUUUGAUGCGAACCAAAAUGAGACCUCGUUCCCCAGCCAGCUCCAACAAGUUUAAUCAAAUGCAAAUUGCUCUGCAGGACGGAAACAGAGUACCUGAUCAAAAUGCCUCCAACAAUACGGAGAGAGAAUUUGAGCAAGUACAAGAGUCGAUGCGCUUGGCCAUAUCGAUGAAUAAAACGGAAAUUGUAGAUGCUGUACUAAAUGAUUUCUCAGAGCAUAUGAUUGUAGGUGACAAAGCUCAAGAUAAUGAUCAAGAAGAAGGCUCGCUUUCCGCUUUCUAUAGAAUUGAGCGGAAUUUGAGACAUGCUCUCAAGCCAAUGUAUGAAAUUUUAUUUGAACGGCUCAACACUCACACUGGAGGGUUGAAGUUCUUGUCCAUUAUUCGAGCUGAUAUCCUAUCUAUUCUCGUGUAA